AUGGUGUCCCUUCUCUCUUGCAUUGCCAUUGCGGCUUGCUAUUUGUCGUGCAGCACUGCCUCGCCAACCGGGCACUUUGCCAGGCAGGCACAAUGGCCAAAUGGUCCAUUCUUCAGCAACGGAAAUCGCAUGGUUGAUGCGUCGAACAACACCGUCAAGUAUGCUGGCACAAAUUGGCCGGGACAUGGCGAGGCCAUGGUCCCAGAGGGUCUGCAGUACCAGUCAAUCGCUACUAUAGUCUCGGAUAUCAAAAGCCUCGGCAUGAACGUUAUCCGGUUGACAUACGCUAUCGAAAUGAUUGAUCAAAUCUACGACAAUGAUGGUCAGGAUAUCCGUUUGGACACUUCCUUUACCGAGGCACUUGGAUCAACCAAUGGAACAAAGGUUUUGAACCAGGUGCUGGCAAACAAUCCUGAGUUCACAGCUGCUACCACAAGACUUGAGGUUUUUGAUGCCAUUGCGGCCGAGUGUGCCAAGCAAGAAAUUUACAUUCAUCUGGACAACCACAUCUCCCAGGCCAAGUGGUGCUGUGGUGGAGCCGACGGAAACGCCUGGUUUGGAGAUUCAGAGUUCCCCGUCGACAACUGGAUGAGAGGACUGGCCUUCAUGGCAAAACACGGAAAAUCCUGGUCAAACUUCGUGUCCAUCUCACUCCGCAAUGAGCUCCGCCAGCCGACCGGCACUGCCUCAAGUACACUUGAGUCGUACGAUUGGGCGACUUGGUACAAACACAUUAAGCUUGCCACUGCUGCCAUUAACGCAGCCAACCCGGACCCUCUCAUUUUCCUUUCUGGUCUCAACUACGACACUACCCUCCAGCCCGUCGUCCAGGGUACUGCACUCACCCCCGGGACGGCGGUCUUUGACGAUGACGACUUCCCUGGAUUCCGAAACAAGCUUGUUCUUGAGCUGCACAACUACUCCAACUCGGCCACCAGCUGCUCGGCGUUAAAGUCGGACUUGGGUACGAAGGGAUUCCAGUCCAUGGACCCAUCGAACUCUGCUGUCAAGAAUGUCUUCCCAGUGUUGAUGACCGAGUGGGGUUUCCUCCAAACUGACAACACUUGGAAGGGGGUGUAUACAUCGUGCCUUGCCGAUUUCCUCCCCGAAAGCAGUGCUGGAUGGAUGUACUGGGUGCUGGUGGGAAGCUACUACGUUAGGUCGGGAACUCAGGAUUUCGAGGAAACUUGGGGUUUGUUGGCCCAUGACUGGUCCGGCUGGAGGAACAACGACUAUAUCCAGGGGUCUUUGAUUCCGAUGGUGGAAGCGUCACUGGCGUAA